CGACAGAGAGAAUAAGGGUCAAAUGUGUGGGACGGCAUGACCUCAUCUGCGCCGAGACACAUAGACCAUCACCGUGGCCUACCGUGUCGCUUCAGAGCCCUGCUGUGUCUAGAAGUCUAAGUGAAGGUCGUUCUCACAUUUUACGAGAUCUGGAGACAGGUGUUUGUCCAGUUUCCCUUCGUAAGGGACCUUUCGAAGUUAAGAAGUACCGUCCCUUCAAGAAGAGGUUGAUGGGUGGUCACUUAGAGACCCCCAGCAUUCCUGAGCCAAAAAGAGUGUGUUUUUUCUGGCUUGGGGUGCUUAAUCUGGCUUCAUAAAGAGGGGGUGUAGGUGGGUAUAGGGUACCCUGCGUCUGGCAUGUGUUUGUUUCUGGACCACCACAUGAUCUCGAUUGCAGCAACAGACCAUUUUGAGAAAGUGAUGAGGGGAAGUGACGUCACUGGGUAAACUCUUUAUUGAUGAGAUCAUGCUCCUCGGACCCACAGUGUCUCAUCGCUGGGUGUUCCUCGGUUCUUCCCCUGUGUCGAAACAGCUGAGUGAAGUUUAGUGCAGCCUGGUCUCCCACUGAGCUGGAGGUGGUCUUGUUUUUGAAGGGACUGAGCUUAAUUAUAGUGGUCUUCGGUUCUGACCGAGGUGGUCUGCUGUGAAGCUACACAUUUUCUACCUUGCUUCUAUUAGAAGGACAGGAGGCAGGAAGUUUUCAGGGAGAGGACCACAGCUGAGGCAGCUGCCCCAUCAUGCCUGCCCCCCGAGUGAGCCGCUUCCAGCAGCAAAAGAUCAGCCAUGCCAAGAUCAUCUUGAGGAGUCCCACGUUGCCAAGACAGAACCCUCAGGUGCAGAAUGGCCCUUCGCCAGAGGAGCUGGAAAUGCAAAGAAGGCAGCUGCAGGAGCUGCAGCGUCAGAAGGAGCUGGAGCGGGAGCGUCAGGAGCGAGAGCGGCUGGAGCGCGAACGUCAGGAGCGCGAGCGGCUGGAGCGAGAACGUCAGGAGCGCGAGCGCUUGGAGCGGGAGAUGCUGGAACGCGAACGCUCGGAGCGCGAACGCCAGGAACGGGAGCGGCUGGAGAGGGAGCGCGCCGAGCAGGAGCGUUUGGAGCGGCUGGAGCGCGAGCGUCAGGAGCAGGAGCAGCUGGAGCGCGAGCGCGCCGAACGAGAGCUGCUGGAGCGUGAACGAGCUGAGAGGGAGAAGCAAGAGAGGGAGAACCAGGAGCAGCUGGAGAGAGAGCAGAUGGACUGGGAGAGAGGGCGACGCAUCUCCAACGCUGCAUUCGAAAGCACCCUCCACACCCCUCCGCCUCCAGACUACGCCAAGACCACCACCGCCUCCUCCUCCUCCUCACCCGUUUCCCCUUCCACACCCAACUACCCUCCACCCUCCGCAUCACCCUCCAUAGCCACACCCCCUACCCCUCCCCUCCGCCACUCCGCCUCCCGAUUCGCCACCUCGCUAGGCUCCGCCUUCCACCCGGUGCUGCCCCAUUACGCCACUGUCCCCCGCCGCCAGCCGGCCCCGGCCCCUGCCCCGGCUCCUCCUCCUCCUCCUCCAGCCCCUCCAUCCAAACCAACCAUCUGCCCAGCCACCAACUUCACCCCCUUGCCACCAUCUCCUCCGGUCAUGAUCAGCAGCCCCCCUGGCAAGGCCACUGGCCCACGUCCAGUCAUCGCCAUCCCAGCCCCCAGCCCACUUUGCCAAAAACCGCCUUCGCCCACUGGGCCGACAGGCUCCACCCACUACCACACUUCUUGCUCCUCCUCCCCGGUCUCAGGCCAGCCCCUGCCCUCACCCCCAACUCCACCUCCUCCCCCACCCUUGCCCCCCUUUUCCUUGUCACAGUCGCCCACCAUCGCCUCCCUCGUGUCCUGUCCCUCACCCCAGCCUCCUGUUUUCCCUUCUCCUUCCACAGCCUCCCCCGCCUCCGCCGAGUACUCUAUAAACUAUGUUCUGGGAGACCCCUCUGCUCCAGUGCCAGCCUCUCAGCCUGCUGCUGACCCCCCCAGCCAGCCGGAUUCAGUGCAGGGUCUGCCCACCCCACCUCCCCCACCACCCCUUCCACCCGGCUCCACUGUGACCCCCACUUCCGCCGGACCCCCGCCUCCUCCCGGUCCCCCUCCCCCUCCUCCUCCACCUCUCCCUCCUACGCUCACCCCCACAGGGCCGCCACCUCCUCCCGGGCCACCGCCACCCCCCUCUGGCCAGGCCCCACCUCCUGCACCCCCUCCACCCCCGGCCCCACCUCUGCCCUCUGGCCUGUUCACUCCCUCGCCCACCACUGACGAGAACAAGCCCCUUGCCGGCCUGGCGGCCGCCCUCGCCGGAGCCAAGCUACGGAAAGUGCCAAGGAAUGAUGAGCCCUCUAGCACAGCUGCAGGAGGUGUAGUGGGCCCUGGAGCUGCUAAGCCUGAGACAGCCCGAGGGAACGGCCCUCUGCCUGGAGGAGGAGGACUCAUGGAGGAGAUGAGCGCCCUGCUGGCCAGGAGAAGAAGAAUUGCAGAAAAGGGAUCAUCACCAGAGCCUGAUCAGAAAACUGAUGAAAUUGAAGCAACUACGACCCCAAAGGUGUCGGCCUGUAGCACACCAGAUAUGCCCAGAAAGCCUUGGGAGAGGACAAACACCAUGAAUGGUAGCAAAUCACCAGUUAUUGGAAGACGGGACGCGCCGUGGAGAAAUCAGAUGGGUACUGACAAGUACUAUGAUUCCUUAAACAGACCGAGGUCUACACCCACUCCUACUGGAUCCCUAAGUGCCAAUGGAGUGCCAACAGAAGCUCUUGACUAUGACAGAUUGAAACAGGACAUUCUGGAAGAAAUGAGGAAGGAACUGUCAAAGCUGAAAGAAGAACUUAUUGAUGCGAUCAGGGAGGAGUUGGGCAAGUCCAACUCGGCGUAAAAGAGCGCAGCAUCCCUGGAUUUUCCAACCAUGGCCCAUCACUCAGGGCCAGCUUCAAGUUCUGACACUUUCUCAAAAGCAACAAAAAUGGAGAUUUUACAAAAGAGUUUAAACCCAGUGGUGAUAACAAUAACCGUAUUAAUGCUGAAGAAAUUUGAGGGUGACGCCGUUUGGGGCACACAGACACAGCUUGAGCGCAGGAGGUGUGCAGCUAUAGGCUGGGGGUGACACCUAGUUUUUUCCCCAAUGCUCCACCCAGUUGGCAGGAACGCCGACUUAAAGAGAAAAGACUGUCAAUAUGCAAUGGAUGACUCUAAAGUAGAACGACGGGAAAUAAUUGCGAAGAGGGCGGAGAACACAAACUAUUACUGAACUACAUACUGUAUUAACCAUGGAAGAGUGACACUGUAUAUCCAGCAGAUGACAUUCAUUCUUUGGCACAUUGCUUAGCAAAGGGCAGGCUCAUUUGGUCGGACGGCGUUGACGGGAGUCGGUAAAGUGAAGUAGGGCUUAGCUCGCCUCGCACAGUUGAGGAAUAACCUUAGAAUCAGGCCGAACGACUGACUGAAGGACUGGGUAGAGUUUAUUGCUGCAGGACUUUGUAAAGCUUGUCUUCCUGAUACUAUUUUAACCUAAAUAUGUACAUUAAAGACAAAAAAAAGAUACCUGCAACUCAUUUAAUUAUGUCUGAUCUAACGUACGCCAUGGCCAUAUCGAGUAGCUUAGUCACGUAAUCUUGGGAUACAGUCUCAGUCAAUUUUGGUAAUUAUCUGGAUACGUUUUCUUUUGGAGGCGAAUGCUCAAAAGCCUGUCUCUUAUGAGCCACUGUACUACGUAUAUUUUCUCUGUCUUGUAUGUUCACGAACUGUUCGAGAAGAUCAGGUGGGACAAUGCCUUUCUACUGUAAUUCAUUGUAGCUCUUUACCAAAAUCCUCUCAGUCAAAACGAUGGUGAAACACCAAUAUCAACAAGACCGCAUCUGUAGAUAGUGCUAAUGAGAACUACUUUUUUGAAACGAUUUUUUUUUUUUUCCUCUGAGUUCAUUGCAGGCUUUUCUCGUAUUUCUUUUGAUUUUAGUGCAUGUCUUGGUCUUGUUCUGAAUGAAAUGGGAAACAUUGCUGCCACGAAAAAUAAAUUGACUAUUGUUUUCAGUUUAUAAGCAAUAAGUGUAGCACUGACACUCAGUUUCCCCCCAUAUGUGUUUCCCUGUUUGGUGAUAUCACCCACUCUACCCCCGAUCUGUGGAUGAGUGAUUAUUUCCACACUGCAUACCUUUCUUUGUUCUUUUCCCUUAAAUCGCUAGGUGCAGUUCUUCACGAACACCUCUUUAUAGCCAUAAUCAAAUCACAGAGGUACACCAUCAUGCUCAGCAGCCCCUUGUACUGUGUUUUUGUUUCCAAAAUCAAGGGUGCAAAAGAUCUUAGACUGUAAAAUCGCUGUUCUCUGUAUUGGAUUUCCACCAAACUGCUAGACGAGAUUAGAACUGUUUUCCAAGGGUUAUCCGAGCGAAAGAUUUCCAGAUAGCUUCGUGCCAUGUAGAGUGCUUGUUUUUUCUUCAGUCCACCCUUUUGUUGUUUUUUUUUAUACAUGGCCCUUCCACUACUGGAAGGCACCCAGUGGUGGUUCUCCAUAGGGCUCCAUUAAAUAUGAUUAAGUUUAACUAGGAAAACCGAAAGCUCAACCGAAAGCUCUUUUAAGCUUAAACCUCUAAGUACAAUCAGUCAUGAUGAAUCAGCAACAUAAGACUGGAGUGAAAAUUGGUGUUUUCUCGUUCUUUUCAUGGUUGUCGCUGGUUUGCUUUACCAUUUAUCUCUGGCCGAAAAGCCCUUCGUACAUCUUAAUCAAAACAAAUCACUUCUUAACCCAUUCUCCAUCAUGCAAACAUAAACUCUCAAGGAAUCAGAAAGCUUGUAUAGUGUGUUUACAGCAUUGAUUGCACUUUAAAACUCCAUAGAAAUUCAAAUCACGACGAAACUGCUGGCAAGCCGACGCCAUCACCUUCGCGCGCGUGGCGAUCUCACCAAAGUUCAACAGUAACAAUCUCCUGAACGUCACACUGUCCUGAGCCGCCUUCGUUUUCUCAUCAGGAAAGAAUCAGUGGUGGUGGUGGUGGUGCGGGGGGGUCCUUCGGUUAGGGAGGUGAAAUGUUACAAUCGAGGUUGAUUUCAUACAUCGGAUAAAUCUGUUUGUGAUUUUCAUGGUUUGUGCCUUGUUCUGAAGUUGCAUUUAAUAUGUCAAAGAUUUAAAAAAGGAAAAAAAAGACUAGUAAUAAUAAUUCUACGGCCUGUCAUAACCUCAUACAUGUUUUGCAUCCUGCUUUAGUAAAGUACAAAAGGGAGACUUUAAGAUGUUAGUUUGAAAAAAUAAAGACGUGCAUUUAUCCAUCAUGCCAUUUUUCUAUUUUGUUACAGUAUGGUUUGUGUUAAGUGGUUACUCAUGGAUGUUUGCAAGGUCUGAAGAUGGGAGAGUUUCUGCAGUGGGAAUCAGUGGAAUGAUGAUACUGAAUCAUUGUGUGUCUUGACGUAUCCAUCUUCAGGAGCGGCUGUGAAAAUCGGACUAUUCAAAUGUGUGCUGGACAGAAUUCAACAGAAUGUUCCUGAAAUGCAUUUAUCGGUUUCUUUUCUCUCUCUCUCUUUUUUUGUUUUUUUGUUUUUUGUUUUUUUUUCUAUUUUAUCAUUCACAUUGUACCAUACUGUUUUCAUGUUAAUUAGAAGUUUCUUACAUGCUAACAUUGUUUUGUUUGAGCAAAUGAAAUAAAAAUUGCAAUACGUUA